AAACAAUGCCUGUUUUACGUAGCGAGCCCCGUUAUCCCCGCAUGCUAUUUACUGCUGGAUUUUUUUCAUCGUCUCUCUCAUUUGGCUAAGAAAAGCUUUUGAAGUUUGAUCUGGUAUUGAAAAAGGGUUUGAUCCACAAUUUAUACAGAGGAAGGAAAUAAGAGGAAUUUUAGUUUAGAGGAGUCAAAUUUCGCGUCAUUUUUUAGCUGGCUUAGGCGUUUUAGUUUCGGAAAUUAGGAUACACAUUAGAUACAAUUUUCAAGAUGAGAACUUCGUGGGCAGAUUCUGCAACUAACUUAGAGAAUGCUGCUUCGGGUUCUUCUGCUAGCAACAGCUUAUCUCGUCCUCAACGGUCUGCAUAUGUUCCACCACAUCUUCGUAAUAGGCCACCAUCAUCUGAACCCUAUGCUCCUUCACCAGCCAAUGAUCUUGUUGCUUCUGGUGGUCCUCAUGGUGGGUCUCGCUGGGGUGCUGGUUCUAAACCUGAUUAUGGGCGUCCGGCACAUGGCUCUGGUAGUAUGGGAUAUGGUUCUGGAGUUAGAAGUGGUGGUGGUUGGAAUAAUAGAAGUGGCGGGUGGGACAGGGGAGAGCGGGAAGUGAACCCAUUUACUCCAGUUCAGCGGCAUGCUAUUCCAAUAUCACUUGCACGGAGGGACUUGAUGGCUUGUGCCCAGACAGGAUCCGGGAAGACAGCUGCCUUUUUUCCAAUUAUCAGUGGAAUUAUGCGGGAGCGAUACAUCCAGCGACCACGUGGGCCCCGGACUGUGUACCCACUUGCUCUUAUUCUCUCUCCAACGAGGGAGCUUUCAUGCCAAAUACAUGAUGAGGCCAGAAAGUUUUCCUAUCAAACUGGUGUCAAGGUGGUGGUUGCUUAUGGAGGAGCUCCAAUUAACCAACAGCUGCGAGAGCUUGAGAGAGGAGUUGAUAUUCUUGUGGCAACUCCUGGGCGAUUGGUUGAUUUACUUGAGAGGGCUAGAGUCUCCUUGCAGAUGAUUAGAUACUUGGCCCUUGACGAGGCAGAUAGGAUGCUAGAUAUGGGUUUUGAACCUCAAAUUAGAAAGAUAGUGGAGCAAAUGGACAUGCCUCCAGCAGGUGUGAGACAGACAAUGCUGUUUAGCGCCACCUUUCCAAAAGAGAUACAGAGACUUGCAUCUGAUUUCCUUUCAAAUUACAUAUUUUUGGCUGUUGGACGAGUUGGUUCAAGUACAGAUUUAAUUGUUCAAAGAGUAGAAUUUGUUCACGAGUCUGAUAAGAGAAGCCAUCUUAUGGACCUUCUUCAUGCACAGAGGGAAAACGGAGUUCAUGGCAAGCAAGCUCUGACGUUAGUUUUUGUGGAGACCAAGAAGGGAGCUGACUCAUUAGAACAUUGGUUAUUUGUCAAUGGGUUUCCAGCAACUACUAUUCAUGGUGAUAGAACACAACAGGAAAGAGAAAUGGCAUUAAGAUCAUUUAAGAGUGGGAAGACACCGAUAUUGGUGGCAACAGAUGUCGCAGCGCGAGGCCUUGAUAUACCUCACGUAGCUCAUGUAGUUAACUUCGAUCUACCCAAUGACAUUGAUGAUUAUGUUCACCGGAUCGGACGAACAGGUCGAGCAGGCAAAACAGGGCUGGCGACUGCCUUCUUCAAUGAAAGCAACUUUUCAAUGGCAAAGCCCCUCACGGACCUAAUGCAAGAAGCAAAUCAGGAAGUACCUGCUUGGCUCGCUCAGUAUGCAUCACGCGCCUCAUAUGGUGGCGGUAAAAAUCGGCGUGCGGGAGGGCGUUUUGGAGGCCGUGAUUUUAGAAGAGAAGGCCCUAUUAACAGAAGUGCAGAUUACUACAGUGGAGGGAACACCGGCGGCGGCGGAUACGGGGUUCCCGGAGGUUAUGGCGGGGGUUACAGCGCCGGUGUGACCAGUGCAUGGGAUUAGGGUCUCUCAUCUUAUACUGAAUAUAUUUUCUUCUCUCUCAUUAGUUUUCAUAUUCUUCUCCUUCAGCAUUCAAGGAUAUGAUCCUGUGCUCCACCUUUCUCAACUGCUGCUAGUUCAAAAUUUCAGGGAAAAUAGUUCUAGGUACUAAUCUAGGGUUUAAAUUUUUUUAGGUUAUUAUUUUAGAGUCAUUGAUUUAUUGAUGUUCUCCAUUCUUUUCUCUCUUCCUCCUCUCCUCAGUCACUAUGAAUCUUGUAAAAUUCCCAAAAAAAAAAAUUGUUGACUUUUCAUCUCGUAGUUUUAUUAAGAAAAAAGACUUUGUAUCGGUAACUUUUCGCUGCUCCUGGUGUUGAAGAUGGUCAAUCUGAACGCUCCAGUCUCCAUUACUCUUUUAGGGUUACGCAAAUGCAUCAUAUUAAGACCCUACCAAACUUACCAGGCAAGCAAGGAAACCCGUAUUACGUGGCAGCUGUAACAUAUGUGUGUAUAUAUAUAUAUAUAUAUGUGUGUGUGUGUGUAUGUAUCUAUAUCUUUGUACUCUUACCAAAAAAAUCUCUAGUAGAAAAGUAUAUAAGCCUUCCCGGCAUUAAUUAGAAUUCUUACGUUUAGGUUAGCUCUAAAAGCAUUGAUCUUUCUAUAACGUACAAGACACUAUGACA